UAGUGGUUUUCAAUUGAAAUAAUGCUCUAUUUUACGAAAUUCCCCUUCGUCCAAAAUUUCCCUAUCCGAAAUCGUUUACUCGAGUACUGUAAAACCAGAUGUUUCAUCCUUUUGUGUUUUUAUUUAUUUAUUUUAAUCGAAAUUGAUAAGACACCACCCGAUAGCUUGUACGGUAUGGGAUGGGUCGCUUUCCCCGUGCGGACUUGCUCACACGACCGGAGGACGCCGACUUUCGGUGAAUAGCUAGUUGCAAUAAUCCAACUCCCAGCUAUAUUGACCCUCCGGGUCGCUGAGCUGUAUGAAUGUACUCAUAAAAUCUCAGAGCAUACAAGAAGAACUAGGUGAAUAGCAUACUAUGACGUCGGACGAAAAUGGCAGAUGACCAAAACAUGAUAUUGGAGGCAGGAUAAAACUGUUCUUGAUGUAUUAUAACUAGUUGUGUUUUGUGUUCGUGUGAGGAACUAUACUUAACACAGAUUUGAGAAACAAAAUAUCAUGUCAGAGACUACACAGACUGUUACAGAUACAGCAGCCGCCGAUCGGUUUAGAAGACACCUGAGUACCACCAUGAGUCAGGUGUCUGACUGGAGCCAUCAGGUCUUGGCUCAGCAUGGGCAAGAGCUGAUAGCUGCGCUUCCCACCUUAGGGAGACCUCACAGAUCUGUGACACCCGCACGUCCAAGGAGGGCCCCGAUCCGCCGACAACCCACAGGUGACAGACGUAGAUCCACCAUUUUGAGAUUCAAAGCUUGUGCGCUUGACCACCCGCUCUACACAUCAACAGCAGCAGUGAAUCACACAGAGUUGAUGUCCAAAGGUCUGGGUAGGCGACCAGACACCACCUUCACUCUUCCGACUAGUGGGACACAGUCUGACCUGAGAAACAAGAUCAUUGAGUUGUAUCCUAUUCUCCACACUAUACCUUUUGAGUUGAUGGUGGGUCAGGCAAGAUGCAAGUUGGAGUUGAUUCAGAGGGAAAAGUCUCUUCAACAGCUUAAAGAUGAUACCAAAUCAUGCGGCUUUGUUAGACUCUGGGUCCUACCAGACUACCACAUUGGUCCCCAGAUAACUGCUCCUACACCAGCCGCCUCAAUGCCAGCCGUCAGGACCAUGCCAGCCAUCCCAUCAACGCCAGCCAUCCUGACUACACAAGCCAUCCCGUCAAUGCCUACCAUUACGUCUACGCCAGCCAUCUCAUCAACGCCAGCCGUCACCACUAUGUUAGCCAUCCCAUCAACGCCAGCUGUCACACUUACGCCAGCCAUCCCGUCAACGUCAGCGGUCACCACUACGGCAGCCAUCCCGUCAUCGCCAGCCGUCAGGACUACGCCAGCCAUCCCGUCGUCGCCAGCCGUCAGGACUACGCCAGCUGUCAGGACUAUGCCAGCUCUCCCGUCAACGCCAGCCGUUACGACUACGCCAGCCAUCCUGUCAACGCCAGCCGUCAGGACUACGCCAGCCAUCCUGUCAACGCCAGCCGUCAGGACUACGCCAGCCAUCCCGUCAUCGCCAGCCGUCAGGACUACGCCAGCCGUCAGGACUACGCCAGCUGUCAGGACUAUGCCAGCUCUCCCGUCAACGCCAGCCGUCAUGACUACGCCAGCCAUCCUGUCAACGCCAGCCAUCAGGACUACGCCAGCUGUUGAGAUUGACAACGAUUUCCAGAUUGACAUUCCAGAAAUUCAGAGUGAUUCCCUAUAUGAGCCAGCUGGGACACCCACAGUUCUCUUUCGACGUCAACAGACUUUCCUUGACAUAGCCAGAGACAUUGACCAGCCUGCUGACCAGACAACCAACCAGUCAUCAGCCGUUCUGAAUGAGUACAUCCCUGCGGUUCAAACAGCACAACCCAUUCCACCAAGCCGUAUAACAGAUACUGCCAGAGAGCAGCUCAAACAACAAGCGAGCAUGUGCAUCACUGGUCCCAUUACAGAUCCUUUGCUCCUGGAGGUGAGACGUAACCACGUCAUGAAAGACGCCCUAGGCACCUUACGGUACUCACAGAGUGACCUCAGCAGCAAACUGCAGAUCAAGUUCAUUGGUGAGGCCGGUGUUGAUCUCGGUGGUCUCCGUCGCGAGUUCUUCUCCCUCCUUGCAUACCAGUUCAGCCAUUCAGCGCUUACAUCAGGUUCUCCCGGGCGCCUCACAUUAAGAAAGAACUUUGUGGAGCGUGAGAAGAACACCUUCUUCUACCUUGGUCAGCUUGUGGCUCUCUCCAUUCUUCAAGAUGGUCCAGGUCUGCCAGUGUUUGCCGACUGUGUGGUCAACAAGAUACUCAACAUCACAAAUGGUGUCAAUCCAAAUGACCUCAAUCCAGACUUGGUGAAAACACUUGAAGAGAUGACAGAUGCUUCGACUGACCGUGAGCUCCAGGACCUUUAUUUUAGCAUCUAUGACGAGCGAGAGGCAGCAGGGUUUAUCCUGCCAUCUAACAUCUUCAAGAAGGACCACAUCCCCCUCCUGCAGUCGGCCCUUGUUAACAACAUGGUGUUGAACUGCAGAGAUGAACUGGACCAGUUCAUUGAAGGUCUACAAACUCAUGAUGUUCUGACCAUAGUGAGACAGGAGAAGUUGACCUGUCUAUUCAGUGGUGGUAAGCCGCCAGUCACUGUUGCCGAUGUAAGAGGUCUGAUGAACUUUAAAUAUCGCGAAGAUAUCAACCGGGAGGCUGACCGGGAAACUGGCCAGCAGUUUGUUCGGUUCCUUCAGGCGACAAAGGGUGAUGGCGCCACCAUCAACGGCAUUACCCUGAAGCCGAAGGAUGUCCUCAUGUGGAUGUCGGGUUCAACAGAAAUCCCAGCUGUGGGUUUCCACAAGCAGAUUGACAUUGAGUUUGGUGGCGAGGAAAGGGUCAACACUUGUGCACUUUGUGUUACGUUAAAGCAUCUGACGCCUGCUGUUGAGGACCCUGUUUUGUAUUUUACAGAGCGUUUGAUAAACUCAUCAACAUUCGGUGAUAUGUGAUAUUUCUUUAUGUUAUGGAGAUAAGAUCUAAUGUUGAUGAGUUUAUCAAUCGCUCUGUAAAAUACAAGACAAAACUCCUCACCAAACUCGAUGUCUAUUUGCUUGUGGAAAUAAAAAAAAAAAAAAAAAACGUUUUUGUAUUACUGUUUUUAAGUGUUUUGUAAAUAUUGUAUAAAUAUAUACUGGAGUUAAACAAUUUGUUCAUUAACUAAAGUUGCUGAGCCACAGUUAUCAACAUGUUUCCAAAUAUAGUUUUUCCGUAUUACUUUAGCAAUAUUGUAUUAGUAAACAAGCUUUAAAAAGUUAUGCACAUGUGCCGACUUUCAAAAAAAGUUCUUGCGAACAUAAAUAUUAAACCAGGGCCCGUAUUCAUCAACCAAUUCUUAGACUUAAGUCUAAGAAUAAAGAAUAUUCUUUAAAUAGGAUUAUUAAAAAAUUGCUUUAAUAUUAAGUCAAACUUGACAUUAACUGUCUCUAUCUAAUUCAUUCGUAAUGAAGAAAUUUCCUUUACGGACAUAACCAUCACUGGUUGCCUGUAUGUUUUCAAACCAUGGGCAUAAUUUUCUUGGUUCAAAGUAUAUUCUUAAGUCUAAGAAUGGGUUGGUGAAUACGGGCCCAGAAUGGUACAGGAUCUGUAACUUACCUAAUGUAUAUUUUUUUUCUAUUAGUUUGAGAAUUGAGAUUGUGUCUAUUAGUUUUAGACUUGACAUUGUGUCUAUUAGUUUUAGACUUGACAUUGUGUCUAUUAGUUUUUGAGAUUGUUAUCAAAAUAAACUGUUGCUCUUGAA